AGCUCGCGCAACCGAUAACAACCAAAUUUCACCAGUGAACCAGCGACACCAACUCCGGCAAAACAGUUUUCAGCUGAAAAAAGUGAGCUUGACAAUGGAAGAAGAUAAGGGGUUGAAGAAAGAGAAGAAAAACAUCCCUGUAUUGCCAUGGAUGAGAAACCCAGUUGAUAUUACUACCUUUGAUCAAUGCUCUGUAGAUCUUUUGCCUUUUAUUGAUCCCAGGUUAGUGGUGGCUUUGAAGAAUAUGAGCAUCACUUCACUCUUUCCCGUGCAACUUGCUGUCUGGCAAGAGACCAUUGGACCUGGCUCUUUUGAACGAGACCUUUGUAUAAAUUCACCUACAGGGAGCGGGAAAACUAUUGCUUAUGCCUUACCAAUUGUUCAGAUGCUGUCUACACGUGCUGUUAAAUGUCUUCGUGCACUAGUGGUCUUGCCUACUAGAGACCUUGCAUUGCAGGUCAAAGAGGUCUUCUCUGCUCUUGCACCUGCAGUAGGUCUGUCUGUCGGCUUGGCAGUAGGUCAGUCAUCAAUUUCAGAUGAAAUCUCCGAGCUCAUCAAGAAACCCAAUGUUGAGUAUGGCAUAUGUUAUGAUCCUGAAGAAUUCUCAUACGAGUUACAAAGUGCAGUAGACAUAUUAGUGGCAACUCCUGGAAGACUGAUGGACCACAUCAAUAACACUGAUGGUUUUACGCUUGAGCAUCUAUCUUAUCUUGUUGUUGAUGAAACAGAUAGGUUAUUAAGGGAAGCUUAUCAGUCCUGGCUUCCUACCGUCAUUCAGUUGACCAGCUCUUCUGUUGAUGGGAACUUCCCUUCUGCUGCUGAUCUUCUUCCUUGCACUUAUGGUUCAUUGAAGACAAUCAGAAGAAUGGGCACUGAAAGAGGGUUCAAGGGAAAAGCCUAUCCAAGGCUGGCAAAGAUGGUUUUAUCAGCCACACUAACACAAGACCCAAGUAAACUUGCUCAGCUUGAUUUGCAUCAUCCUCUUCUUUUGACGACUGGAGAAAGACGUUACAAGCUUCCUGAAGAACUCAAAUCAUUUAAAGUGCUAUGUCAAUCGAAGCUUAAGCCACUUUAUCUAGUUUCCCUUCUUCAAAGCCUGCAAGGGGAGAAAUCAAUUGUUUUCACGUCAUCCGUGGAGUCCACUCAUAGAUUAUGCACCUUGCUCAAGUUUUUCGACAAUUUGCAAAUUGAGUUCAAGGAGUAUUCUCGUCUUCAACGGCAAUCUGUAAGAAGCAAGACGUUGAGGGCUUUCCGGUCAGGGCAAGUGCAAGUGCUUAUUUCCUCUGAUGCUAUGACUCGUGGAAUGGAUGUUGAAGGAGUGAGAAAUGUCAUAAACUAUGAUAUGCCUGCAUAUAUAAAAACAUUUAUUCAUCGGGCAGGCAGAACUGCAAGAGCGGGCCUAAGUGGAUGUUGCUUUACGUUAAUGCAUAAAGAUGAGAUCAAGCGCUUCAAGAAGAUGUUACAAAAAGCUGACUGUAACUCUUGCCCUACCUAUUCUGCUUCUUCUGAAGUGAUAGAGUCACUUCGCUCUGUGUACACCUCAGCUUUGGAGAAACUUAGAGAGAAUGUUGAAUCAGAAAAGUUUAAGAAAAGCAAGAUUAGGUUGAAAUCUUCAAAUGUGAGAAGGGAGAAGUGAAAAGCUGUCCAUGGUGAUAACUUCCAUUUUCCUAGACAGUGUAGUACUCUGUUGCCAACCAGUU